CCUCUGUGCCUAGGCAUGGGAGCCCAGGGAGACCAGCCAUGCUCUCACACCUCUUUCUUGUUCUUUCAGAACGUGCUGGCCAAGGCGCUGUACGACAAUGUGGCUGAGACCCCAGAUGAGCUCUCCUUCCGCAAGGGUGACAUCAUGACGGUGCUGGAGCGAAACACGCAGGGCCUGGAUGGCUGGUGGCUAUGCUCACUACAUGGGCGCCAAGGCAUUGUGCCUGGCAACCGCCUGAAGAUUUUGGUAGGCAUGUAUGACAAGAAGCAGCCAGCCGGACCUGGCCAAGGGCAGCCCCAGCCGCAGCAGCCCCAGCAGCUGCAGGCCCCUCAGACUUCUGUGCCUUACCAUCACCAAGGAGUCUACAACCCACUGUCCCCUGCCUCCCAGUACACCCCGAUGCACCCUGCUUACCCGCCCCAAGGGGACAAUGUCUACCUGAUUCCAGCCCCAAACAAAGGGCAGCAGGGCCUCUACCCUGGCUCUGCACCAGGGGGACAGUUUCCAUCACCUCCAGCCAAGCAGCCAGCUGUGUUUCCAAAGCAGACACCUCCUCACCCCUUCCAAAGCCAAGGCCAGGAGAUCUAUCAGAUCCCACCAUCUAUGAGCCCAGCCCAGGAUGCUUGCCAGGGGCCUGCAGGCUCUGCAAGCCCCCCUCAGGAUAUUUAUCAGGUUCCUCCUUCUGUUGGCUUGGGGCAGGAGAUCUACCAGGUGCCCCAUUCCAUGAGCCAGACCCAGGAGAUCUACCAGGUGCCUCCUUCGUUGGACAUGAGGAACUGGGAAGGGCCGAAGCCUCAAGGAAAGGUGGUGGUGCCCACCCGUGUGGGACAGGUCUACAUCUACGAUUCCCCCAAGGGUGAGCAGGAUGAGUACGACAUUCCCCGGCAUCUGCUCUCAUCUGGCUCCCAGGAGAUCUAUGAUGUGCCCCCCAUCCGUGGAGGCCUCAUCAGCCAGUACAGCCAAGAGGUGUAUGACACACCUCCUAUGGCGGUGAAGGGUCCCAAUAGCAGAGAGCCAAGCCUGGAGAUCUACGACAUCCCACCCAGCGUGGAGAAGAGCCUGCCGUUCCAAACACAUCAAACUGUGUAUGACAUUCCUCCAUCUGUGAGCAAAGAUGUCCCAGAUGACCCCAUCAGAGAGGAGACCUAUGAUGUUCCCUCUGCUUUCACCAAGCAGAAGGCCUUUGACCCAACCCGGCACCCCCUGAUCCUGGCUCAUGCAUCGUCGGCCUCACAAGAGCACUAUCUGCCCGAGGACAUCUAUGAUGUGCCCCCUCCAGCUGGGAAAGGGGCCCCUGAGGUGUCCCUCUCACAGGAAAUCUAUGAUGUUCCACCUAGCCUGAAGAAGCUGGGGGGACCUGUGUUCCCAGUGCAGGAUGUGUAUGACGUACCCCGGGAGCUGCACACUGGGAGUAAGGCCUCCACAGAUGCUGAGGGCGAGUAUAUCUAUGAUGUCCCUCCCCAGGUGGACCGAGAGACCAAGGCAGGUGAUGCCAAGAGGCUCUCAGCCUCCAGCACAGGCAGCACUAGGAGCAACAUCUCCACAUCCUCUCUCGACGUGAUUCCAGUGAAGGAGUCAGCUGCCGUGUCCAAAUGCCCCAGCAAGGAGCUAAGCUUGGACUUGGAUGUUGCCAUGGAGAUGCUGGCCAAGCUGCAGCACGGCAUCAGUAGCACUGUCUCCCACCUCAUGUCUUUUAUCAGUGGCAGCUGGAGAAGCCCUGAGCAGAUGGAGGCCAAUGCACAGAGCAUACAGGCGGCAGUGGAGAGCGUCAAGGUGGCACUCAGGGACUUGCUGGAGUUCGCACGUGGGGCUGUGGGCAAUGCAGCCCAGGCCUCUGACCGCUCCCUCUACACCAAGCUUAGCAAACAAUUGCAGAAGAUGGAGGAUGUCAACCAGGCACUAGUGAGGCACAGCCAGGCACUGGACAGUUGUGGCUGGGCCCUCAGCACCCUAGUGGCCAGCAAGCCAGGUUGCACUGAUGACCUGGAUCGCUUUAUCAUGUACUCACGUGGCAUCCCUGACGACACCAAGCAGCUGGCAUCCUUCCUGCACGGCAAUGCCUCCCUGCUCUUCAAACGGACAAAACAGCCAGCCACACUGGUGGAUGGCAAUAGCCACCUGCCCACUUACCAGACAGGGUCCUCUGACAAGGCUAGCAGCAUCCAGUCACGGCCCCUGCCCUCCCCACCCAAAUUCCUAGCACAGGAGUCGCCAGAUGGACCAUAUGAGAACAGCGAGAGUGGCUGGAUGGAGGAUUAUGACUAUGUCCAUCUACAGGGCAAGGAGGAGUUUGAGAAAACCCAGAAGGAACUGCUAGAAAAGGGCAACAUCAUGUGGCAGGGCAAGGGGCAGCUGGAGCAGCAGCAGCUGAAGCAGUUUGAGCGACUGGAGCAGGAAGUCACGCGACCCAUUGACAAUGACCUCUCCAACUGGACCCCACCACAGCAUUAUGCCCAGGUGCGAGGUGGCAGUGCCCUCUGCCCCUCUGACCGGCAGCUGCUUCUCUUCUACUUGGAGCAAUGUGAGGUCAACAUUACCACUCUGACCAAUGCUGUUGAUGCUUUCUUCACUGCUGUCGGCACCAAUCAACCACCUAAGAUCUUUGUGGCCCACAGCAAAUUUGUCAUUCUCAGUGCCCACAAGCUAGUGUUCAUUGGAGACACCUUGUCACGUCAGGCCAAAGCCCAGGACAUCCGCCAAAAGAUCACUCACUAUAGCAACCUGCUAUGUGACAUGCUCAAGGAGAUUGUGGUGACUACCAAGACUGCAGCACUCCAGUACCCAUCUCCAUCUGCAGUCAAGGACAUGGUGGACCGGGUCAAAGACCUAGCCAAUAGCACUCAGCAAUUCAGGAUGGUGUUGGGGCAGCUUGCAGCUAUGUGACAUCCUUAAAGUUACACAUGCUUAUUAAGAACUAGGGUGAGUGUCUGCUAAAGACUCCCUCCAUGGAGGCAACUGUGGUCAGCCACAGAUGCAUGUAAAUGGACUUGUAAAUAUUUAAAAAGACUCCAAGAAGAGGAGCACCGGGAAGGGCAGAAACACCACACAGGAGUGCUAGGCUGGAUUUUGUUUUCCUUCUUCCCAAUUUCUUGACAAAAAAUAGAUCAUGUCUAGACUGUGCCAGCAAUUAAAUAAGGAUGUUUUACUGUCAAACACUACAGCCAGGAUGAAACCAGGGCCUCAGGAAGGGGAGGGGCUAUCCUGCAAUGAAGAGAAAGAAGCAAAUCGUUAUUUUUCCUAAUUGAUUCUGACACCAUUCAGUUAAUGGGCUAUAUUAAAAAAAUAAAUAGAAAUUGAAUCAAAGCAAAGCAAUUAAGGUGAACUACAGAGUGAUUGAAAGGAAGUCUGUUAGCGUCACCUCACAAUUAGAGGAGAUUCUGUGAUUUCCCUUGACUUUGGAGCCUGAUCUAAUUAAUUGAACACAUUUUAAUUGUGCAGGAUGAAUCAAUUCAACAGUAUCUCGGUGGAGAUGAAAAGGAAACUGAAAACUCCAAUGGGGGAAAGGUAUACACAUGCACACACAUACACACACACACCUACAUAUGUAUGUAUGUGUGUGUGUGUGUGUCUGUGCAUGUGUAUGCAUAUGUGUGUGUACAUGCGUCCACGCGUGUGUGUAUGUAUGUAUUAAAAAAGUACAGUUAAACUGUCAGAAGGAGUGUCCAUACUCAUCCGUUGCCUCAUCCAGUGCCACUAUCUGUCAGACCGGCAGCACUGGGGUGACAGUGGGCCAGGUGCAGAGAGGUUUGCCUACCCAUUGCAUUUCACAUUUUGGUUUUGCUAAUAAUACCAGCUGUAGCAGAAAUGCAAAUUGAAAUUGGUGCCUUGAAAAAUUGUGGAGCUUCUGCUGGUUCCCAGAGCUACAGAGUCACAGUCUGUAUUUAUAUUCAUUUCCAUGUACUGUGCUGAUGUGAGAGCAUAAAAAAUUGCCUAGAA